AUGAAGCUUCUUGUUACUGUCGCUGGUCUGAUUGCUGCCGUAGAAGGCGUUGCAGUUGGCGCAAAUGUACAGAGUGUGCUACAAUCGGUCCUCGGACAAUCAGUCCUUGGACCGAGUCAGUCGCAAUCAUCGAAGCCGCCAAACUUUUUGUUCAUCAUCACGGACGAUCAAGAUCUAGAGCUUGAUUCUAUCUCAUAUACACCACGCGUAUCAAAACAUAUCCGUGACAAAGGAACCUUUUUUCGCAAUCAUUUUGUGACGACGGCACUUUGCUGCCCAUCUCGGGUCAGUUUGUGGACAGGACGUCAAGCUCACAAUACUAAUGUAACAGAUGUCAAUCCUCCAUAUGGUGGAUAUCCUAAAUUCGUGGAUCGCGGCUUCAAUGAAAACUGGCUGCCAGUUUGGCUGCAAGAAGCUGGCUAUGACACCUACUAUACCGGCAAACUUUUCAACUCCCACUCUAUUUACAAUUACGAUAGUCCUUAUCCGAAUGGAUUUAACGGAUCCGACUUCCUUGUGGAGCCUUUCACCUACUCCUACCUCAAUUCUACCUAUCAACGCAAUCGAGAAGCUCCAGUGAGCUAUGAGGGUCAGCACACCACCGACGUGAUCACUAAAAAGGCACAUGGAUUUUUAGAUGAUGCAUUGGAAGGAGAGCGCCCAUUCUUUGUGACCGUCUCUCCCGUUGCUCCCCACUCGAAUAUCGACCCGCAUGGAUUGGGUGCAGGUCCGGUCGUUAUGACUGAGCCAGUUCCAUUGAAACGACACGAACAUUUAUUCGAAGAUGUGAAAGUGCCACGAACAGAAAGUUUCAAUCCAGAUGAGCCUAGCGGGGUAAGCUGGGUUCGAGAUCUGCCCCAGCAGAAUCAGACGGUAGUGGAUUAUAACGAUAAUUUCUACCGGUCCCGUCUGCGCGCAUUGCAAGGUGUGGAUGAGUUGGUGGACUCGCUCGUCAGCCGACUUGAGGAGAGUGGCAAGCUUGAUAAUACCUACAUCAUAUACACGUCGGACAAUGGCUUCCACAUCGGUCAGCACCGGCUACCUCCCGGAAAAACCUGUGGUUUUGAAGAAGAUAUCCGGGUCCCGCUAUUCAUCCGUGGCCCGGGCGUCCCUGAAGGGCAUAUUCAAGAUUCUGUAACAACUCACAUUGACCUGGCCCCUACAAUCUUUGAUCUUGCGGGUAUUCCACCGCGCUCAGACUUUGAUGGAACGGCCAUCCCCGUGACUUCCGCGUCUGGCGGACAGCGACAUGAACAUGUUACAGUUGAAUACUGGGGACAUGCUGUGACAGAGGGUGUUUUUGGUGGCGUCGUGUCGCAAGGUCCCGAUGAAAGCGUGAGGGUUCCCAAUAACACGUACAAGUCACUCCGCUUGCUGGGUGAGGGCUACGAUCUUUACUACUCUGUGUGGUGCACCAAUGAACAUGAACUAUACGAUCUCUCGACGGAUUCGCACCAAAUGCACAACCUUUACCCAAAAGUUAAUAAGGCAGGUACUGAUGAGCCGAAGAUUCUCGGCCGCAGCUUGUCCCAGGCAAUUAGCAGACUUGAUGCUCUGCUUCUCGUCUUGAAAUCUUGCCAAGGUGUUACAUGCAUCGAGCCAUGGGAUGUCUUACAACCGGAAAGCUCUGUUCGUAGUCUUCGGGAUGCCUUGGAUAAAAAGCACGACAUCUAUUAUGCCAACCAGCCUCAAGUCUCAUUCAAUUGGUGCGCCGAAGGAUACAUCAUUGAGGCUGAAGGCCCGCAGGUACCAUUGACAAGCCGAUAUGGCUUGCCUUGGGAUGUCUGGGUGUAA